AUGUAUUCUAAACGUUGGAUAAGACAGAACGGCGGCGCCGGACCAACGCGGUUCUUGACCUGCUUAGCAAUUCGUCGAAAUUUGCCAAGUGACGUCGCCGGAUCGACAUUGGCUAUGGCGGAGACAACUCGGGUAAGCACCGAGGAGCUGGAAAGACGCGAGAAGUACUUACGUGCAGGCCUCCGUGAGGUUCAUCCGUUAGAUCCUUUCACAUGGUCGUAUCCAAUGAAGGGAGCUGGUGUUAUGUUUGCUACGUCGAUUCUCGGUUGUCAUCUUUACAAUGUCUGGAACAAGAGACCAUAUUACUACGCAAUUGUUCCCCGUUUAAUCGGAGUAGGAAUCAUGACAGCGGUGGGUUAUGGCAUGGGGUCUUUAAGAGAACAUCAUUACAAGACAAGGGAUGCCGUCAUUCAACACUAUAUUGAACUUCACCCAAAGGAUUUCGACCAUUUUAACGAUAGGAAUGGACGCCCGUUUUCGCAAAUUCUCCUUCCAUGGUAUCCGCGCCGCACUCAAUACACCAAGUAUGACUAG